AUGAUGCAACAGUACAUGAAGGAGCUCGAGCAGGAGCCAUUUGACCCCGAAGAGUUUGUCGAACGUUUGGCUUGGAGAACAGUUAAUGACUCAAUGGUAGAUGGGCCUGGUGUUUUUGAUCCAGUUUCUGUCCACGAGACAUUCCUUCACGCCAUUAAGGACCUGCAAAUCUUGGAGGAACGUCAGCAGAAAAAGUGUGAGAAAUUGGAGUUGGCUUUGAAGGACGAGGAGACGAGGCAUGCUUAUGAGAUUAUAGAGUUACAAGGGAAAAAUAAAAAAGCCAUUGACUUAUUUCAUCAGCUUGAUGAGAGGAUAAAUUUUGUAGCCACCAAAGUUAUUCAUCUGGGUGAUCAACUUGAGAGUGUUAAUACUCCAAGAGCACGGGCAGUUGAAGCACAAAAAUUAAUGAAACAUUUUAGUGAAUUUUUGAGUCCUGGUCCUUUAACUGAUCCCAUUUUUACUGACAAAUCAACAUUAGACGUAGCUGCAGAUGUAAUUCAAAAAUUACACCUGAUAUCCCAAGAACUUCCGUCAGAUAAAUUUAACCAGGCAAAAGCUAAAAUAGCAGCCAAGUAUGAUGAGAUAGAACGAAGUUUGAUUGAAGAAUUUGUUCGUGCUCACAACAGUGACGACGCCGAGAGGAUGAAAGAAUUGGCAUCUGUUUUAGAACACUUCAAAGGUUACUCACAGUGUGUCGAUGCAUUUAUUGAGCAAAGCCAAAUGGGUUCUUUUGGAGGAAAAGACGUUUUUCAGGAUGUUAUACCAAUGUGUAAAAAAAAUUACAAACUUAUGCAGCAAGUAUUUACCAAUUCUCAACAAGUUAUGGCCAAGUUUGUUCUCAAUAUCUAUCAUUUGAGAUUACAAAAGUACACCGUAGCUAAGCUUGCUGACAGAUCUGACAACGACAAGUAUUUAAGUAACUUGUAUGACUUGUACUCCAAGACUAUUAAACUAUCAACUGACUUGAAACAAUUUGAUAUGGGUACUGAUGAGGCCUAUUUGACUAAACUAACGCGUAAUAUUUUUCAAAAACAUCUUGAUACUUAUAUCAGUUUGGAAUUAAAAGCCCUGAGAGAAAAGUCGACGAGUUUAUUGGUCGAGUACUAUGACUCUAAGAACCAUCAGAAGAAGCAAAUACAGACAGGAGGUUUUCAAGAACUCAGACGUGAUCUUCAAGCAGUAAUUGGUACAAGGACAAACAUAAAUAUCGCUCAAAUAGAAGAUUACGGUGGGGAAACUUUUUUGUCCGAGGAGCUGGCGAUAUCUCUACUUCAGCGGAGUAAAUUAGCAUUUCAGCGAUGUCAAGCGUUGUCUCAGCCAGCGGAAUUGCCAACAAACGCCCUUCAAAUUCUUGAAAUUCUCCUACAGCACUUGAUGAAUGAGCAUGUUGACUAUGCUCUUGAGCUGGGACUCCAGAGUGUACCGAUACCUGAGAGUAGGACUCCUCCGGACAUACAUUUCUUUAACAUUGUACGACAGUGUAAUGUUAUCGUACGAUUGCUUGAAGAACAGUUUAAUGAUAGUCUCGUGCCUCUUGUCAUAUCAACUCCGAAACACGGAGACUGCUUAGCUCGACAAAAAUCAGUACUAGUACAAAUAGAAUUAAAACUAGACACUGGACUGGACCGAAGUAUUAAUGCUAUUGUCGGUUGGGUUAAAUUAUAUCUACAAAGUGAACAGCGGAAAACGGAUUUCAAGCCCGAAACUGAUGAUGUUGAUACAAUAAAUACAUCUGCGUGCUUAGCAGUGUGUCAAUAUGUCACUGGUAUGAUUCGUCAUAUCAGAGAUACUCUUGAUGGAAAGAAUGCAGAGAAUGUACUAACUGAACUGGGAAUUAGAUUCCAUCGAGUGAUUUAUGAACACCUUCAGCAGUUCCAAUUCAAUUCAGCUGGUGCCAUGUGUGCCAUUUGCGAUAUGAAUGAGUACAGAAAAUGUGUUAAAGAAUUGGGAGUUGGAAUUGUUACCUCUUUGUUCGAUACUUUGCACGCUUUGUGCAAUCUUUUGCUUGUUAAGCCAGCAAACUUGAAGCAAGUUUGCACGGAUGAUCAAUUGGCCAUGUUGGAUCGUUCAACCUUGAUGAGUUUCAUUCAGCUGCGAUCGGAUUACAAAACUCAAAAAUUAGCAAACCUACUGAAAGGUCUUGCGACAACAUAA